GAACAGGUGGGCUUCUUAUGUUCUCUUCUCCAACCGUAUAAGAACGGAAGACCUUUUGCUUUCUCCAAUUUUUAUUUAAUUUUUUUUCCCUUCAAUUUAAGAUCAACCCAGAUUGUUUUUUCUGCUCCUUUCUUAUUUUAUCAUUGAUUUCUCAAAAAGUUAUGGUGGUUGCAAGUAAUAUUAUCUGCAAAAGAUUUUGUUUACGUUAAUCUCUUCCUUCUUUUUGUCUUUUCUUGUUUUUCCUUUUUCUUGUUAAUCUUUUUUCAUUCAAAUGGUUUCUGCUUGAACUGAGAAAGAUAUAGAUUGCAUUAAAUAGUUAGUCAAUGGAAGAAGCCACCCAAACAAGCAAGUUCAGGAGGAUGUGCGUAUUCUGUGGAAGCAACUCUGGUUACAGACAAGUCUUCAGUGAUGCUGCUACUGAAUUAGGCGAUGAGCUGGCGAAAAGGAGGAUAGACCUGGUGUACGGUGGAGGUAGUGUUGGGCUGAUGGGUUUGAUAUCUCAGAAAGUGUAUGAUGGAGGCUGCCAUGUUCUUGGGGUCAUUCCUAGAGCACUUAUGCCUCUUGAGAUAUCUGGUCAAACUGUCGGAGAAGUAAGAAUUGUUUCAGACAUGCAUGAGCGUAAGGCUGCUAUGGCCAGAGAAGCCGAUGCCUUUAUUGCUCUUCCGGGAGGAUAUGGAACCAUGGAAGAACUACUGGAGAUGAUCACGUGGUUACAACUUGGAAUUCAUAAGAAACCGGUUGGCCUGCUAAAUGUUGAUGGUUACUAUAAUUCUUUGCUAGCAUUGUUUGACAAUGGUGUUGAAGAAGGUUUCAUAAAGCCUCGUGCUCGUGAUAUAUUUGUCUCUGCUCCAACUGCCAUAGAACUUUUGGAAAAGAUGGAGCAAUACACUCCUUCGCAUCAGCAAGUUGCUCCACAAGAAAGCUGGAAUAUGGAGCAACUCGGUAAUUAUCCAACACAACAGAAUGCACAGUGAACUAUCGGUGGUAGGCCAUUCUCUUAAAUUGAUUCCUGAUGUAAUUCAUCAUCAUUGAGUUGUGUACGAGAAUCUUUUUGAGUGGAGCCACAUAGUGUUCAUGACUAUGUACUUUUGUCGUUUUAAUGAUUUGAUUUCUGUCAGAAUUAUCCCUGCUGUUUCACAACAUUCUUUGGUUAAUGGUCAAUCAAGCUACUGUUAAGUAGUCA